GAGGGGGGGGGAGAGUAGGAGGACGAGGAGGAGGAGGAAAGAAAAAGGCGAAGAAGCACAUCAGGACGCCGUGCGCCUGCACCUGCGCCAUCCAUCCUUUAGUCGUCCAUCAUCCAUCCUCCACAGCUGUGCGCGCUGGAUUGCGGCUUGUCGGCGCCCAGACGGCCGCAUGACGACGUCACCAACGCGGCCAAGAAGCACCGAGGAGGAGCCCGCACGGUCAGUAAGGGAAGGAAAGAAGGAAGGAGAAAGCAGCAAAUGUGCUCGGGAAGGUAGUGAAGGCCACGAUGGAGGUGGAGCCCAUGUUCACUCUACCAGGCAGGGCCCCCGCUCUUGGCCAAGUGGGGGCCAACGGACCCUCGCUGCCUUCUUCAGCCACCUCUUUUCCCAACCCUGUGGCCCCGCCUUCUUGUAACACUGUGAGGACGCGAUCCGUCGGCACCAACACGCAGGAAGUGGCCCUUCCUUCAGCGCACAACUCAGACGCUGAUUUCCUGGGACCUUGUCAGCCGGGUACUAGCGUCAACCUGGAGGGCAUUGUGUGGCAUGAGACCCAAGAAGGCGUGUUGGUGGUCAACGUGACGUGGAGGAAGAGGACGUAUGUGGGAACAUUGUUGGACUGCACGAAACUUGACUGGGCUCCUCCCAGGUUCUGCGAGUCUCCGUCCAGUGAUCCGGAAAUGCCAGGUGGGCGGGGCCGUGGGAAAAGAUUGCGUCUGGCUUUGGCGGACCGGCCCUGUGGUGCGUCGACACUGCCGGUCAAAGUGCGAGGUCUGACGCAGCAUCGGAGCCGCGGUGGCGGAAUCGUAGCCUCGCCAGUGCACAGCAAAAGCCGAAGAGGAAGUUUGAAACUCCUUAGCAACUGCAGAGCAUCUCCCCCUUUCUUCACCACGGAAGAAACCAAACCCACCAACAGGGCCACUGUCCUUCCAUCUGGCAAGCGGAAGAACAAACCGCUGGCUGACCUGGACCUUAGUCUGGUGUCCUCAGAGGAUAUUAAGAACGGGAAUGGGAAAAGGAUUCGAGCCAAAUCCCGCAGUGCCCCUUCCACACCGCAGGGAAAGUCGGACCCAUCUUUCCUUGACCCAGGGGGGGGUUGCACCUCCUCACCUCCUCCAAUUCUCAUCGACUGCCCCCACCCCAACUGCACCAAGCGCUAUAAGCACAUCAAUGGGUUACGCUACCACCAGACUCAUGCCCACCUGGAGGUGGAGGAACAGAGGAAUCCUGAGAGCGAGGAACGACUGUCAGACUGUGAGGACGCUGUCUAUGACCUUGCGGAGUCUAAUAGCAAUGGCACCACUGCCAACAUCUCAACCAAGAAAGCUACCCCGUUGUACAAGGUGACCUCAGUAGGCUCACCCAAGAACCGGCGGCUGCUUCUCAGCACUAAAACCAGGAGGAGUUCCCUGCUGAAGGAUGGCUUGAUGGAUGACCUUAGCAACCUGCCCAUCAUUUCCAAUAUGACUGUUGUUCUGGAGAACUGCAUGGUGUCGGACCGGAGCGCCACUGUGGAGAUGCCCAAGCUGGAAGCUGAGGGUCUGAUUGACAAGAAGAUCCUUUGCGACAAGACCAAAAAAGCCAAUGGUAAGGUAGACAAACUUUCCAAGUCGCGGACUAACCGGUUGAUUGCUCCUGCUCCUGCCCCUCCAAAGCUUAUUGCAAUACCAAAUGCGCCAUAUCCAACAGACAGCACUGCCUCAGAGCAGUCUUCCCCUGUGCCAGCUGUGGGCCUGAGCAGCAAGAACCCUUCCCUGAAACCCAUCAAGCCAAAGCUCAGCAUUGUCGUGGAACCCAGCCUGGUCAAAGCUACCCUGUUGACCUGUAAAGACAACCGCAAGAAAGAAAAGCGAAGAAUAAAAGACAAACACAACCGCGACACGACCGCUCUGACCGCAAACGGUGACGCCAACAAAAUGGAAGACAGCGCUUCUAAAAUUGCCACUAAGGAGAUUCCCGGAAGUCUCCUGAAGGAGCACCUGAGCAAGCAAGAUGUGACGAAUGGGCUCAACGAGACCCAGGAAAGCCGAAUGGCAAGUAUCCGUGCUGAGGCCGACAAGGUCUACACCUUCACAGACAACGCCCCCAGUCCUUCCAUCGGAAGUUCAUCGCGGCUCGAUGCUCCCAGUGGUUGUCUGGUGAUGGGGGACAGCAAGGACAACAGCCCUGCCUACUCAGACAUCUCUGAUGCGGGGGAUGACGGCGUGUCCUCUGAAAAUCGCCUAGAUGGACUUAGAUCAAGAUCAGGUCCCCCUGUAUCUUCCGUAGUCAACUCUAACAGUAACCAUCAUAACGCCAGGAAGACACCACCCACAGUGCCCGACCCGCCUUCCACAAAAGAGCCCCUGUCACCCUACUUCCACAGCUUUGAGCCGUAUUUCCUGCCAGGUUAUGUGCAUUCGGAGAGGCAGAAUAUCUACCACAAAACUUCUUAUCACGAAUCGAAAAGUAAAGAUCGAAAGGAGGAUGCUAAAGACGAUGACAAAGGUUCUAUCCAUGUCUUUGUGGACUGUAAGAAAGGCCAUGGACAGGCGGCGCCAUCUCAGCUGCAGCUCGCCAUGAGUCAGACCCAGACCGCCUUAGCCCAGUCGCUAUACUACGGCCAAUACUCGCGAGGAGUCUACAUGGACCACAAACUCCUAUUGGCUUCCUGUGAGCAGAAGCAACGGGGUGAGAGGGGGCCGGCUGGGCGAGAUGGGAAUGUCAGACACACCAGCGCAGCUAAAGUGACUGAAGUUGGUAAAGGCUGCUGUCCCAAAGCCAUCCUGACCUACUUGGAGGAGAGGGGGGAAAGAGUGCUGGGCUUGAAGGUGGACCAGCACCAUAUUUCAACCAAAGACUGCGAGGACAUCAAGUCACCUUCCUCCUCCUCUUCUUCCUCCUCCUCAUCUUCAUCCUCGUCACACCACAACCCCAACACUCAGACAGAUCUGGACUCAAAUGUUCCCUAUUCCAGCCCCCCAGACGGGCCCACGUGGCCCCACCGGCUGGCUCACAGCAAAUUCUCAGAGCUGGAGAGUCCACUUGGGGAGGCAGCAGAUGAGGGGGACGUGGAGAGGUCAAAGGAGUGGGGGAGUACCACUGAGCUGGCUGGGCCCAAAGCGACCUCAGCAGGAGGAGGCAUCGCCCGUGAUACUAAAAAAGUCCAGGGGCCACACAGCCUGCCACCACCGCUCGACCCAGACGACUCAGACGGCUUGGAGGAGCUGCAGGAGGAACCCAUGGGAGUCCUGUCGGGGGAGUCGCAAAGUGCUCGGGCAGCAGUGUCUCCCCCAAUGACCCCCCAGCAGCCUUACAUCCAGUACCAGCACUCCUCGUGCCCGCCCUACCUAGCAAUGUGUGAGAGCGGCCGGGUCUCCUACAGGGGCGCAUCCCCCACACUGGUCCAAAACUACCCAGGCUUCCACUACCCUUUGUACGGCAAAACGGCAGGACGGGAGGAGUCCGAGCCCAGUGAAAAAGGUUCCCCUGAGGCAGACCACGAAGUAGACCAAAGUGACCGAGGUCACGUGACCUUGGGCCGACACCUGCACACACACCAUCACACACACCUCGGACUCACCUACAACCUGGUGGCGGGACAGUAUGACAUCUACCCAGGUUUAAGCUCCAGGCCUCUGAUGUCUGGUCCACAGGUGUCUGGACGAACUUCUGCUGCUUUAAGAGAGCAGUCUUUUUGGCAGUUGUGUGCAAGCGACAGCAUGUAUGUGGAAACUUCUAGAGAGCGAGCUGAAGAAGUAGCGACGUGGCAGAAGGAGAAGACAAACGCUUCAAUUCCCUGGUGUUCCUCGGGGAAGCCUCAGUGUGAGAGGCAGGCACGAAAAUCGAACAAGAAAAGAAGACUCGUUUCUUAAGAGCGCCACCUACUGCGCAGGUGUUUUUGUAUCGCACAGAAAGUGCAAGGAAAAGUGUACAAAAUAUAGCGCGGUGUUUCUAAACGCACAUUGUUCUGACUGAAUGUACUGAUGAUUUGUAUCACUACCCGCUAACUGUACGUGUUGAUUGUAUCGUCCUAUGUGAGCGUAGCCCUUCACGCCGCUGUACAUAGCAACCACAGUCAUGCGCUCAUUAGCAUAAGUUCACCCCCACUCCUGGCCAGAAGGGGCGGGGCUGAAAGUGGAGGCUGCGUUCAACAAACGCGGUAACUCGUACUUCUGACCAGGAAAAGUGACAUGAUUGAGCGCGAUGAAGUCAUGUGACGUCAUAAAGCAAAGGCCAAAACAACAACUAUCAAGUAAAUAUAUUCAGGUUUACCUGAAAUCCCAGCUUUGAUUUAGUGAAAUUUCCCAAUGAUCAAUAAUUACACUAUAGGUACUACACUAUUCAUAAAGUUAGUAUGUUCCGAAAGGGCUGUCCAGCUUUAUUUCCAUGACGACGAGGGGGCGUGGAUAAGAUGGGGUAUUGCCGCUAAGCGAGUGGCUUCUACUUGUGGAAGCAAAACCUUUUAAAGAAACCAGUACCCGUAAAGACAAUAAAGACGUUUUCCCUGGUGGAGGCAGCACGUCAUACACUGAGCGCAGCAGAUCCAAGCAUGUGCUGAAUGUAGUAGACACCUCUGCAAAUACUCCCCCAUACACGUUUACAUUGACGCCAUUACGUAGACAAGUUGUGCUGCUUAUCAAAAGCUAAACUAAAACUGAUCUGUGCAUCUAAAAAAAAAAAAAAAUAAAUAAACUGCUUACUUAUUCGACUUUGACGUAAUAGUUUUAUAUAUCUUAAGUCGCCAAAGUCCCUCCACAGACCCAACAAUUUGUACACAAGACAUUAAAAAGUUUAUUUUACAACUCAUGCCGCCCUGAGCACAAACUCUAUUUAAAGAAAUUCUGUAUGGACAAAUACCUCAUCAAAUGGGAUAUUUCUGACUUCCCAGCAGACAUUGAAAGCAACAUACUGCUCACUUUUUUUUUUUUUUAAUCAAAUUGAGGCCUCAAUACUGUGCUUGCACAGAACAUUUAGCACAAUGCAAUGGCUGUCAAACUUUUUACAACAAGUACCACUUGAAAAAAAAUACUUAGGUCUCCAAGUACCACCGUAAUGACCACCGUUAAAAUAGGCUUCGAUGUUUAGGAAAUGAAAGAAAGAGGUUUUAUUUGAAAAAAAAAAAAAAAAAAAAGUAAUCAUACUCCACUAUAACAUUAGGCACAGUUUAAACAUUAAUGCUGUGAGUUACAUAAAAAUUGUACUUACAAAUGUUUUUAAAACGGUUAAAGAUUAAAUGGAAAUAUAUUGUACUGUACUUAAUAGUUCAAUGCAACUGAACUGCACUUGAAAAAUGUACUGUACUUGAAAAGUAAAAAAAAUGUACAGGUUGAAUGCACAGAUACAUGCUUUAUUCUAAUGUUUUGUUGUAUUAUUUAAAAUGUCUCGUGUACCACUAGAAGGUACUCUUAGGACACUGAGAUUCACUAUUCUAAUGGAUGACCCUGUCAAACAGAAUUUUUGAGACUUCCCAGCAGCCCUUAAAUGCACCGUAAGAUGGCGACAACAUCCAAAAAUAGAAUAGAAUAAGAUUUUAAAAGUCCCGCAAAUGUGUUGAUGAAAUUCCCAUCAGGUCAAAUUUAUGUAGGACAUAAAUUUAUAGGGAGCCUUUGCAGUGUUCGAAACUGGUCGCAAAACUCGAAUGUAGUCUAGUAAUUUGAGUAUUCCACUGUAGUGUCAGCAAACCUCCUGAAGCCCAAGGGAACUGGUCAGAGCAAAGCUAAUGGUGUGGUGAUUGAGACCUCCUCAGUCCUGCUUUCUGUCUAUGGUUGUUUUUCUUUGGGCGGCGUGGUUUCCUGCAAAUCAAAUUUGAGCGACAAUAUGGGGACAGGAUUCCCCCCCGCCCCCUAGAAAUCAUUUUUAAAAUGUAACGUCCACCCCGAAAUAAGAGGCGCUCAGACAUGAAAUUGUUGUGCUUCUCUCCAAGAGAAAUGUUCUUGAACAAAAGCUGUCGACUUUUAACAUGGGAGUUCUGCGGUCCUUUGCUGUUGUCCUAACCCGCUGUGCCCCCCCUCCUCCUCCUCCUCCUCCUCCUCCUCCAAUGCACUAUCUGAGCCUGUGAUGCUGGAUAUGAAGUCACUUAGGGUAGUAAGGAUAUGAAAUAUAACACGUGGUGCUGCUCUUUGACGUGGGCCCCCCUGUUGCAGCCAUACUCUCACAUCAGUAAUAAUAUCUAAACGUAGCAAAACGUAAAGGAAUCCAACUUUAAAUGAUCAUGUACUGUGUUAUGAUGUUGUGUGUCCUCCAGCAACGGCUCUGCCUCACUCCAUACAAACUACAUACAUAGUACAUACAGUACAUACUACUUGAACAUGGUGAUCUAAUACUGUAUCUGUUUACAAAAUGCGACCACAGAGGACGACCGUCGUCAUCCAGUGGCCAUGGUGUAUCCAUCCCUUGAAUAUAAAUUCAUAUAUUAU